AUGGAAAGAAAUAAAUCAGAAGUAAAACAACAAAGAGAAAAACAAAUUAUAUGGAAACACCAGCUUUCCCAUUCCUCUCUUAUUGCCUCAAUAUAUCUUUCUUUCUUUCCUUUCUCCCUACAAACAUUUGCCUCUUUCCUAUACUGA